AUGACGAAACAUGGGUUUAACAGAAAAAAAAAAAAAAAAUCUGUUAUUAUACCGUAUUGGUUUGUUGGAUCAUUAAAAAUUUUAGUUCCAACAUGUAAAACUCGUGUAGUGAGAAUUGCAGUGGCAUUAAAAGAAAGAGCUCAUUGGUAA